UAUAAAUUAUGAAUAAUAUCUUCAUAUUAUCAUGCAUCAUCACUUUGAGUCUUGGAUGGACUGUGACUUUAGGAAAUCAAUGCAAGUGUAGUGAUUAUGUUUUCUAAAACGAUUGUGUAUUAGCUUAUGUUUAUGGUUGUAUUUGGAAUGAUGCUUCUUCUACUUGUUCAAACUUGAAAUGCUCAGAUUAUAUUGUAGACUGUCCUAUAGCAACAACACUUUGUGCUUAUAACCCUCCAACAGAUACUUGUGGAACCUUUUCAUCAUGCUCAAGUUUAAGCGGAACCAGUGUAUAAGCCUGUGCAAUUUAAAAUAUACAUUGUACUUGGGUAUCCGGUUCAAACUGUGCUGACUUUAAUUGUUCUAAAUUUUCAACAUCUAAUUGUCCUUAGGAAUGUUAGAAAACCUAAACUGCAUGUGUAGACUAUUAAUGUUAAACACUCAGUAUGAAAUAGUGUGCUGAAGUUGAAGCUUUUACAAUCUAUCCAAUUUGCAAAGUGGCAGGACCUACUACUUGUAGAUCAUUUGUAUGCACAGAUUUUACAACUUAAGAUGAUUGUUUUGUAGCAUACAAUUCAGGAAAAACAAUACAACCUUGUGUAUGGAGUACAACAUGUGUUGAUGCUUAAGGACCAACUGGUUAUACAGCAGCUACAUGCUUUACUAGUACUCUUGGUUAAUAUCGUUGGUCAUCAAGUUCUGCCACUUCUGGAUCCUGUGAAUAAUGCACAGGCGGAGGUAAUGGAAGCUAUGGAAUGCUUUUGUAAGUUUUAUUUGCCAUUAUUCUACUUUUGGUUUGAGAUUGAGCAGAUAAAUUAACAUAAAUAUAUCAUAUCAAU